AUGGGGACGGCACUGAGAGAGUGCAAAUACUGUAGCAGAAAACAUAAAAGAGGAAUGGAGAAAUGCCCAGGAUAUGGCAAGACCUGUACAAAGUGUUCCAACCAAAACCACUUCAGUUCUGUCUGCCUACAAACCGUUUCACUUACGACACCAAGAAAAGUACAGCCCCAGAGAGACUUGCAGGAAAGCAAGCCUAAGGUACAUGCGGUACACAAAGAUUUGCAACCCUCAUCUGAGGGUGAACUUUGGGUCCUGUCAUUCGCUGAACAGGUCAGUACUAUCAGCAGCAACAAGGGCAGAAUUUAUGCAGCCAUGGAAAUCGGGAACAAAACUUUUGAAAUGCAGAUGGACACUGGAGUAUCCUGCAAUGUCCCGCCCCGCAGCUACUUGCCUGCUGAUGCUGAAAUCCAGAAAACUAUGCGAAAACUUGUUACCUACUCCAAGUCCAAACUGAGAGUGUUGGGCACCGUCACAGCAACUGUGCGAAACCCACGAAACAACGUUGAGUAUACUGAAGAAUGUGUUGUGGUAGUUGAUGUAUCUACACCACUCCUCGGGGCUGAAGCGUGCAUAAAAUGA